AUGGCCGCCGGAGACCUCCUCAUCUUCGCGCGCGGCCUCCUAAUAACCACACCAUGGGCGCUCUACCUCAUAAUCAUGGACCUGAUCCUCUCCCUCCUCCUCCCGCUCAGUUUCCUCUUCCCGAACUUCGUCUACUCGGCCUCCUCGCUCGUCGCCUUCACCAACUGGAACUGGAUCCAAUGCAUCUUCGAGAUCCUCAACGGCGGCCAGAUCUCCAUCUCUGGCGACGUGCUCCCCCAGGGCGAAUCCGCCAUCGUGAUCUCCAACCACGUCAGCUGGACGGAUUUCUACAUGAUCCAAGCGCUGGCCGUCCGCGCGGGGAUGCUAGGACGUUGUCGCUGGUUCUCGAAGAUCGAGCUGCGCUGGGUGCCGUUGCUCGGGUGGGGGAUUUGGGCGAUGGGGAUGCCGAUGGUGAGUCGGAACUGGCUGAAGGAUAAGAAAGAGCUCGACCGCGUAUUCUCUGGGAUCAUCGUGAAGAAAUGGCCGACGUGGCUCAUCAGUUUCAGCGAAGCAACGCGCUACACGCCCAAGAAAUACGAAGUCGCGCGCCAAUGGUGUAAAGAGAACGACCGACCCCUCCCCAAACACCUGCUCUAUCCCCGCACAAAGGGCUUCGUGACGACGGUCCAGCAUCUGCGCAAAGCGCCGCAUGUCAAGGCCGUCUACGACAUGACCAUUGCGUACGAACACGACAACAAAUUCCUGAACGCGCCGUCGAUUUGGGAGUCGCUAAGUCUGAAUGAUUUAAGCGGGAGGAGAGGUUACAAGUUCCAUGUUGAUGUGAGGAGGAUACCGCUAGAGGAGUUACCGCUUGAUGAGGCGGGAUUGGCGAAGUGGUUGGAGACGAGGUGGAUUGAGAAGGGGGAGUUUUUGGAGGCGAAGAGGGCGGAGUGGGCGAGGAAUGUUGAGUAUGAGGACGUGAAGAGGAAAAUUGCUAUGUCGUAG